AAAAGCUUCCUCCUCCUCUACACUCUCUCUCCUCCGCCUUUGCUGCUUGUAGCAGGGAGGAAGAAAAGAGGAACGAGAAGCUAAAAGUUGCUCGAAUAUGGCGAAUGAAGGCAUCAAUGAUACUUCAUGUGCAAGAAAAGGCUCAAUCACUCAUGUAAUCUUUGACAUGGACGGCCUUCUUUUAGACACCGAGAAAUUCUAUACGGAGGUCCAGGAGAUUAUACUUGCUAGGUAUAAUAAGACUUUUGAUUGGUCACUCAAGGCAAAGAUGAUGGGGAAGAAGGCAAUAGAGGCUGCCAGGGUCUUUGUUGAAGAAACGGGAAUAAGUGAUUCACUUACAGCUGAAGAUUUUCUUGUAGAGAGAGAGGAAAUGUUGCAGAAAAUGUUCCCCACAAGCGACCUCAUGCCAGGGGCCAGCCGGCUGAUUCAUCACCUUCAUGAAAAUGGGAUACCAAUUUGUGUUGCUAUGGGUACACACACGCGGCACUUUGAUUUGAAAACUCAAAGACACAGCAAACUUUUUUCACUAAUGCAUCAUAUCGUUCGUGGUGAUGAUCCAGAAGUUAAACAAGGGAAGCCAUCACCUGAUAUAUUCCUUGCAGCUGCAAACAGAUUUGAGGGUGGACCAGUAGAUCCACAGAUGAUUCUUGUAUUUGAAGAUGCGCCCUCUGGUGUCCUUGCAGCCAAGAAUGCUGGAAUGUCAGUAGUUAUGGUUCCAGAUGCAAGGUUGGAUAGUUCAUAUUAUCAAGUCGCUGAUCAGGUUUUGAAUUCUUUACUUGAUUUCAGCCCAGACGAUUGGGGAUUGCCUCCAUUAGAAAAUGCAUCAACAAACUCAUUUAGUUUAGUUUGA